CUCUUGACUCAUUCACAGACUACAUCAGUUUCAUGUGCUAUUUCCGAUCUUUCCCUCUGUGACUGUUGAAGCAAAAUGACUUGCAAACGCAGAAACGGUGGACGUGCCAAGCAUGGCCGUGGCCAUGUAAAUCCUGUACGCUGUACUAAUUGUGCACGAUGCGUGCCAAAAGAUAAAGCAAUCAAAAAGUUUGUCAUUCGCAAUAUUGUAGAAGCAGCUGCUGUAAGGGAUAUAACAGAAGCCAGUCAAUAUCCAUCUUAUCAACUUCCCAAACUUUAUGCGAAGUUACAUUAUUGUGUCUCUUGUGCUAUUCACUCCAAAGUGGUCCGUAAUAGAUCUAAGGAAGCUAGACGUAUUAGGACACCUCCUGUACGGAAUUUCCCAAGGGAUUUACGCCAAGGACAGCAAAACAGAAAAUAAGUUUUCUAUGUAAGAAUUUAAAAUAAAAAUAAAUAUGACAAAAUCAA